CUUUUUUCCUUUUUCUCUCAACAGGUAUUUUCUUGCAUAGAAUUUGUUGUAACUUUGCACUCCAUUAUGAAAUUAUGUGCAAACGUUGAAGUAAAUUCGCAAAAACUGAUGUGGCAAACUUUGCCUAAAUGGUUUUUGUUUGUUUUUUUUUGUAGGUAAUUGAACCUUCACUGAAAUAAAAGGGCAAACAAAUGAGAAAUGGACAUUUACCUUGCCGGUGUGAAACGAGUUGCUUGAUGUGCGAUGAUUCGCCAUCAAUAUCAUUGGUUUCGAAAUUGGAUGCGGAAGUGAUCGUCGUUGGGAACGGGCCGGCCGGCUUAUCGUUAUCAGCAUUUCUUUCGGGCUGGUUACCUUUUUACUCUCCGGAAGAUGGCCCUCAUCCUAAUCACCUGAUUCAUGAGAAACUCGUUGAACAUGGCGAGGAAUCAUUACUCGACCAGGACUUUUCUUGGCUUGAUGAUUGUAUCAGUAUGAUGAAUAAUGGAGCAAGACCACUUUCAUUACUAUAUGACACUUUGGUGCGCCCUAAUGCUGAUACUGGAACUCCUAGCAGAUCGAAGCUCUGUUGGAUAUACGAUCGUAACCGUGCUAUUCCACAUUUAGUAGUCGCUCAAACACCAAUUGGCGGAUCUUGGAAUAAUUACGACGAUGAUAUGUUAUCGGUCAGUGUAGGCAGUUUUCUGGAUCUUCCAAUUUUUCCUGUUGCCGAUUGGUGUGGUGGAAAAAAGUUUGACAGUCGUCUUCCAGCAUCACUUUACCGAAAAUAUUUGUCCGAUUAUGCGAAAAGAGUAUAUAAAAAAAAAAAUAUCAUUUGCGGUUUGAAAGUGACGCACAUAGAGAAAUGUUCAAGUAGCUGCAUGGAAGGAUUUUGGGAAGUUCGCGGCACAAAAAAUGGUGAACCGGUUUUGUUGAGAUGUAAGAAGGUUGUAUUAGCUUGUGGCAAAAAUCGGGAUCGAUUACUUGGUGUAAAAGGAGAAUUAGAAGAGGAUCGCAUUGUUUACAAUCUUCGCGAUUUAAAACGACUGCUUGCUUCACAAAGUACAGCCAAAUUUUCGAAGGAGAAAGUUGUGGUAGUUGGCGAUGGAGUUAGCGCUGCGGAUUCAGUAUUACAUUGUCUCAAUUUAUGCAUUCCUGUACUUCAUGUAAUACGUCGCUCGGACAAGCAACUACGAUUUAUACAGUUAUCACGCCUUAGUCCAUCUCUCUACCCAGAGUAUUCAAAAGUUUUCAAAUUAAUGAUGGGACAUUGCAAAAAUUGUUACUAUACCAAAGUUACAUGCGCUACCGUCGAAUCGUUAAAUAAAGGCACAGUUCGCAUCAAAAGUCUUCAAGGAAUUUUUACGGAACAUUUUCGAGUCUUAUGCGUGUGCACCGGUAAACAGUCAGAUCUCAGCAUGUUAACGGACAACUAUACAUUUCAAGAUUAUUAUUGCAACGAAGACCCAUCGCUUUUUUGUAUCGGUGCAUUUGCGGGCGACCACUUUGUUCGAUACCUUGUUGGAGGUGCAAUGGAUGUUGCUCGAUAUCUGAUGUAAUCUUGAUUGCAAUUCACUUUAUUCAAUCAAGUAAUGAUUCGUUGGCAGUAACGAUUAACACAAAAUGCUUGCAAUGAAAACAGUUUAAUUUUUUUUGUCAUGAUCAUUACAACAGGAGAAUAUUGAUUUUGAUUAAAGAAAAUGAAAAAUGAAAGAGCUAAUUGGAAAUGUGGUUAUUUUCUAGGUGUAGAACCAGGUGAAACAGUAUUGCGAG